AUGAAAAGAAGUGUUGUGAAAAAUGUGAAUUGGCAGAAAGAUGUGGAAAAUAUUCGAAAAAUGAGAAAUGAAGUUGUUGCACCUGUUGAUACAAUGGGAUGCCAUAAAUUGGCUGAUCCAUUGGCCAAACCUGAGGUAACUGGUUUUUUUAGCAGACAUUCCGAAAAAACUUACUAUAACUUAUUCAAUUUCGCACAGGUCCACAGAUUUCAAGUGUUAGUCGCAUUAAUGUUAUCAAGUCAAACAAAAGAUGAGGUAAAUGCAGCAGCUAUGAAAAGAUUGAAAGAUAAUGGAUUAUCGAUUGAAAAUAUUCUGGAAAUUGAAGACGAAAAAUUGAGGAAUUUAUUGAAUCCUGUCGGAUUUUAUAAGGUUGGUAGAAAAUUUCGGGAACUUUUGUGGUAAUCAAAACAUUGAAAGAAAAUAUUUAGCGCAAAACCAUCUACCUAAAACAAGCCUCUCAAAUCCUAAAAGACAAAUAUAAUGGUGAUAUUCCUGACACAUUUGAUGGACUUUGUUCGCUUCCAGGAGUUGGACCAAAAAUGGCAAAUUUAGUAAUGCAAAUUGCCUGGCAAAAAACGACUGGAAUUGCGGGUAAAUUAUUUUUUUUUUGGAUUUAUAGAUAGACUAAAAUGUUUAUUUUUUUAGUUGACACACAUGUUCAUCGAAUUUCCAAUCGACUUGGAUGGAUUGAAACAAAAACUCCCGAAAAAACUAUGGAAAAAUUGGAGAUUUUAUUACCAAAAGAAGAAUGGCAACCAAUCAAUCAUUUAUUGGUUGGAUUUGGACAAAUGAUUUGUAAACCUGUGAAUCCGAAAUGUGAAGAAUGUUUAUUGGAUGGAACAUGUCCCAAAAUUGGUGUGAAUUUGAAGAAGAAGAAAAAGGAAAAGCUGGAAAAUGUGAAAGAAAAACGGGAGAAAAUUGAGAUCAAGGAAGAAGAAGAAGAGAAUGAUUAA